AUGGAGCUUACCUCCUUGAAUGCUUCAACUAUGAACUACAAAAACCAGCCUACAAAGAACUUUAAGACAAAUUACUCCACUAACAACUAUGUUGGGAGUAGCAGUUAUACAAGACACAACAAUUCAUUUAACCAUCCAUCAAGGAAUAAUCAUCAUGUAGGCAGUAGCAGUUACUCGAGGAAUAGCAGAAAUGGACUAUUUUGUGACUCUUGUAAGAGACCAGGACACAUAAGGGACAAGUGUUAUAAACUACAUGGCUACCCUAAUAAUACUCACACCUACAAUUCACAAGGCAAUUACCAAAGUUACCCACGAAACAGUGGCCAGAAUCCCAGGAUUGACAAGGGAAAGAGGACUGCAGCCAAUGUGCACGGUGUGUCUAAUGACAUGAUGUCAAAUUAUGGAGGGGAUAAUCUGGCAGGUGACACUCAAAAUGGAAUUCAUCCAAGUGCUAGUAUUACAAAGGAACAAUAUGGACAGAUCAUGAACAUGCUGCAGCACUUCAAAGCAGAAAAUGCUGGAGAGGAUCAAACAAGUUCUGCUGUUAAUAUUGGUUCUAUGAGUUGUGCAGUGUCAAUUCCUCUCCAGUUGGUCAUGAACCUUGUAUUAAUGGUAGUAAUUGUGUCCACUAGGAUUUCUGGCAAACCUUUUCCAUAUGUUUCAUCACCUUUUGUAAAUGUUUCCACUUGCCACAAUGAUAAUAAUAUUGCUGAGUUUGCUGAGAGUUCUUACGUUUUUAAUGGGAAUGAUGUGGACUUGUUGUGGCAUAAUAGACUUGCCCAUGUGCCUUUUGUAAAAAUGAAAGUUUUUAAUGAUUAUUUCAUAAGUACUGAUUUAGUACCACAUAAUGCUUCAGCACAUGAUCCUAGGAAUAUAGUUGUCACUGAACCUAAUUUGGCACUUAACUCUCCACAACCAGCUCCUCUAUCUUCCCUAUCUACUCCAUCUCCACUUACCACACCUGCUCCACCUUUAGUUCCACAAAAAACUUCACACAUACCUCACAAGGCCCCCACACAUCUGAAAGAUUACAUUUGUUCCAUUCCCACAUUAAAACCUACUGUAUCAACUCUUUCCUUGACUGCUUUGUUUUCCAAACACCACCAUAUUUCACCUGAUGCAUUGACACCGGCUAGUUAG